AUGCACCGAUUGUGUCGUAACAAUUGCGCUGAAGCCCGCAGCUCUGUCAACCACGCUGAGCUGGUGUUACUUCUACCUACCAUCAUGCCGAUUCAGCAUGGCGUAACGAGCUCCUGCCUCCAAGAGUUAGUGCCAUGCCGAUAUCUGUAUUUUAUCGCAACUCAUACAGUCGACUAAAUGUGUUGCAUAAUUGCAUUCGGAGAGGAUUACCCCGAGUCCACCAGUAGAGAGACCGAAACAGUGUCCACCUUGAUCAUCAGUUUCCCUGGUCACUCAUCAAGAUCGAGCUUCGACGACGGUAGAGAGGAAGGAUUUGCAUCCCUGACACUGCUAAUCCUAGUUUUUGCCUUGAGGUGGUGAAUCAGCAGCGAUGGCGACGAACUGGAAUUUUGCAUUGCUGCUGGUACUCACGUUAGUGGCGCUCAUGACCUUCGGUCAGCCGCUGUUUCAAUCCACGCCUAAUUUUGUAGCCGGCGUAGAGGAACACGCGCGUUCAGAUGCGGUUGAGAAAGAGAGCCUCGAUGAACCGGGGGGUAGUCCCACCUUCACGACAAUCACCGAGGUCGAACCAUCACCCUGUGAGUCGUGGAGAUUAGUCACCUUGCGACGCGGGUCCCGAAGACCUCAGUGGACGCGGAAGCUGAUACAAGGCGACGUCUCGCCCCCAUCUCAUGUGCAGCUUCAAAGGCGAGUGAUCAACUUCAGAGGGAAGAGAAAACUCCUGAUCAGACCAAGCCCAGAACUAGCAGGCCGACCCCCGAGAACGCGCGCCAGGGAUGUUUCACCUGGAGCCAAGCCCACUCAUGGAGCCAUUCCUCGGAGGUCCGUGAUAAACACUUUCCAGUCCGAUCGCAUGGUCCCCACUGGACCGAAUCCUUUGCACAACAGCAAUCGGUCUCAAGUCAUCUUCCCCUAAAAGGAAUCCUCAUCCCUCAAUCCGUCGAGGAGAGCUAAUAUUGCUGCACGUAGUAGUCUCGGUGCCUCACAUCACAACUUCCACCAGUCGCGAUUUUUGUAAAGCAUUUUGGAGACAACACUGGGCCCGAAGUGGGUAACAACAAUGUAAAGGUCAUGAAUGAAACUAGUUACAAAGAUUUUGUUUGCUAGGAGAUUGACACAGAUAGAAUGAAUCCUCGCCAAUCACCAACACAAAGGAACUCGCAUCAGGCACUGACAACAUGGAAGUUGCAAUUGGAGACAAAGUCCUGUCAGUUCUAUGGUUAUAAACUGCAAGGUUUAUUGCA